AUGUUGCCUUCGCCAGAACCUAAGGGCUUUGUCCCCUUCACUAGAGAGUCUUUUGAACUUAUAAAACAGCGUAUUGCUAAGACACAGAAUGAGGAAGAUGAAGAAGAUUUAAAGCCAAACACUGACUUGGAAGCUGGCAAAGAGCUUCCACUUCUUUACGGAAAACUUUCUGGAGGAAUGGUGUCAGAGCCCUUGGAAGAUGUUGACCCAUACUACUACAAGAAAAAAAAUACUUUCAUAGUAUUAAAUAAAAACAGAACUAUCUUCAGAUUCAAUGCUGCUUCUAUCUUGUGUACAUUAUCUCCUUUCAGUAGUAUUAGAGGAACAACUAUCAAAGUUUUGGUACAUCCAUUUUUCCGCCUGUUAAUCUUAAUUAGCGUCCUGACUGAUUGUAUAUUUCUGUCCAUGAGUAAUUUGCCAAAAUGGGGACCAGCAUUAGAGAAUACUUUGCUUGGAAUUUACACAUUUGAAAUACUUGUAAAACUUAUUGCAAGAGGUGUCUGGGCAGGAUCUUUUUCUUUCGCUGGUGAUCUAUGGAACUGGCUCGAUUUCAGCGUGACUUUGUUUGAGAUCAUAAUAAGAUACUCACCUAUAAACCUCAUUGAAGAGCUUCAAAUUGCAAGAACCUUGAGAAUUUUGAAAAUAAUUCCUUUAAACCAAGGUCUGAAGUCCCUUGUAGGGACCCUGAUCCAUUGCUUGAAGAAACUCAUGGGUGUCAUUAUCUUAACUCUGUUUUUUCUGAGCAUAUUUUCUCUCAUCGGGAUGGGACUUUUCAUGGGCAACUUGAAACACAAAUGUUUACGAUGGCCCCAAGAUAAUGAAAAUGAAACCCUGCACAACAGAACUGGACACCCAUAUUACAUGCGAGAAAAAGAAAACUUUUACCAUUUGGAAGGAGAAAGUCAUGCUCUCCUUUGUGGCAAUAGAACAGAUGCUAGUCAGUGUCCUGAAGGAUAUACGUGUGUAAAAGCUGGCAUAAAUCCUGAUCACGGCUUCACAAAUUUUGACAAUUUCGGCUGGGCUUUGCUUGCCCUAUUCCGGUUAAUGACUCAGGAUUACCCUGAAGCCCUUUAUCACCAGAUCCUUUAUGCUUCUGGGAAGAUCUACAUGGUAUUUUUUGUUGUGGUAAGUUUUUGGUUUGCGUUUUAUAUGGCAAGUUUGUUCUUGGGCAUACUUGCUAUGGCCUAUGAAGAAGAAAACCAGACUGCUGCUGAAAAAUCGAAGAUGAUUGAACCAACAUUUCAACAGAGGAUAAAAGAACAUCAAGAAGAAAAUGAAGCAGCCAAGGCCAAGACCACACAAAUAGAAAUGAAGAAAAGAUCACCAACUUCCACAAGCAUAUCUGUGGAUAUCUUGGAAGAUGCCACUCUCAGACAUAAAGAAGAAUGUAAAAAAUCCAGAAAGAAAUGUCCAUUGUGUUGGUAUGGGUUUGCUAAAACUUUCUUCAUCUGGAAUUGUUCUCCCUGUUGGUUAAAAUUAAAAGAGUUUGUCCAUAGGAUUAUAAUGAACCCGUUUACUGAUCUUUUCCUUUUUAUGUGCAUAAUUUUAAACAUACAUUUUUUGGCCUUGGAACAUUAUCCAAUGAGUGAACAAACCAUCAAUCUUCUCAGCAUAGGAAACCUGGUUUUUAUAGGAAUUUUUACAGCAGAAAUGAUUUUUAAAAUAAUCGCCAUGCAUCCAUAUGGAUAUUUCCAAGUAGGCUGGAACAUUUUUGAUAGUGCAAUUGUUUUCCAUGGCUUGGCAGAACUUUAUCUAGCAAAUAUUCAAGGACUGGCUCUUUUUCGAUUAUUCAGGAUUUUGAGAAUUUUCAAGUUGGGGAAAUAUUGGCCAACAUUUCAGAUUCUGAUGCAGAAUCUUCGUAACUCAUUGGUGGCACUGAAAGACUUGGCCCUGCUCCUCUUCAUGUUCCUCUUCUUUUCUGCUGUGUUUGGCAUGAAGCUGUUUGAUUUGUGUUACGAAAAGUACAUCUGCAACAUAAACGAAGACUGUCUGCUCCCACGCUGGCACAUGCAUGACUUUUUCCACUCCCUCCUGUUUGUGUUCCGGAUACUCUGUGGAGAGUGGAUAGAGACCUUAUGGGACUGUAUGAAGUUUGGAGGCCAGUCCCGGUGUCUUUCUUUUUACAUGAUGGUCAUUUUAAUUGGAAACUUGUUGAUAAUUUACCUAUUUCUGGCAUUGGUGAGCUCAUUUAGUUCAUGCAAGGAUGCAACAACUGAAGAGAACAAUGAAGCAAAAAAUCUCCAGCUUGCAAUGGCAAGCAUUAAAAAAGGAAUAAACUAUUUGUUUCCUAAAAUACUAUGCAAAAAACAGAAUGUCCCAAAGGAGACCACAGAGCAUGUAAAUGGUGUAUAUGUGAAAGAGGAUAUUUCUGAUCAUACUCUUUCUGAUUUGAGCAACACCCACGAUUUCCUCAAGGAUAAAGAUAAAAGCAGUGGCACAGAGAAAAACACCAUGACAGAAAAUGAGAGUCAAUCACUUAUCCACAGUCCUAGUGUCUCAGAAACCGUACCAAUUGCUUCAGGAGAAUCUGAUAUAGAAAAUCUGGAUAAUAAGGAGAUUCAGAGCAAAUCAGGUGAUGGAAGCAGCAAAGAGAAAAUAAAGCAAUCUAGCUCAUCUGAAUGUAGUACAGUUGACAUUGCUAUCUCUGAAGAGGAAGAAAUGGUCUGUGAACGUGGAAGGCUAAAGCAUCUUAAAAGUGGUUAUGGACGAAGAUCUUCACCUGGUCAAAUUAGUAAAGUAUCCCAGAAAGGAAGAAUUUGGCGGAACAUCAGGAAAACCUGCUGCAAGAUAGUAGAGAACAACUGGUUUAAGGGCUUUAUUGGCCUUGUCACUCUGCUCAGCACAGGCGCUCUGGCUUUUGAAGAUAUCUAUAUUGAUCAGAGAAAGACUAUUAAAAUUUUAUUAGAAUAUGCUGACAUGAUCUUCACUUACAUCUUCAUUUUGGAAAUGUUACUAAAGUGGAUGGCAUAUGGUUUUAAAGCCUACUUCACUAAUGGCUGGUACAAGCUGGACUUCAUGGUUGUAAUUGUGUUUUGUCUGAGCUUAAUGGGCAAAACUCGGGAAGAACUAAAACCACUUACUUCCAUCAAAUUUCUUCGAGCACUCAGAGUUCUAUCUCAGUUUGAAAAAAUGAAG